AUGGAAUCCUUUAAAGAGUUCGUCGCCAAUCAGGUCCUGGUGAAAUCUGGCGACGACAAUGCAGAGACAACCGAAGACGCUUCCGCCAAUGGCACAGACGGGCAGGACACCGAUCACAAACCGCCUUCGCAGGAAGUCGAGAUUGGCAACCACGCUCCUCGCGCCCUGGAAGUCAACAAGUCCGAUCAGAACGAGACGGAGAAGAUAGUCCCUCAGAAGUAUCCCAAACUGUCAAAUAACCCGCCAGAUUCUCCGCCUUUGGCGCCGGGCCAGAAGGAGGAUCAGGACGAUGAGGACGAAUUUGAUCUGUCCAAGUCUUUUCAGCGCACAGCGAGUCCCUCUCCAACGGCACUCCAACGCAAUAAGGGCGCAUUGGUCAGCAAAGUGGGAGAGGAAGGCGUCAGCAAAAUGCACAAAUUCACCCUUCACGAAACCGCCAAUUAUUAUUACAUUGUUGGUUCAGAUCUGUUGGAUUCCGCAUUCCGGAUAUUGAAGAUCGAUCGGACGUCAGAACCUGGCGAGCUCAACAUUACCGAAGAUGACAUUGUCUACACCAAGAAAGAGACCCAGCAGAUUCUCAAUGCCAUCGAUGAGGGCAAUCGAGCGACCGGCGGGCUGAAGAUCAAAACCAGCUUCUGGGGCCUGCUGGGUUUCAUCCGCUUCACAGCGCAGUAUUACAUGUUGUAUGUGACGAAAAGGAGUCAAGUGGCCAUGAUUGGUGGCCAUUACAUCUAUCAAAUUGACAAGACGGAACUCAUGCCUUUGGUAACGGCGGCAUCCUCGCGUACAAAGUCAGAUCGCCACAUCGAAGAGACGCGGUUUGUCGGUAUCCUGAACAAUCUCGAUCUCACCAGGUCCUUCUAUUUUAGCUAUUCGUACGACGUCACUCGAACGCUACAGCACAACAUCAUGCGAGAACGGCAAGCGCUCCAAGAAGGGCGGAUGCAGCCUCACAAACCGGACCACAAUGACAUGUUUGUCUGGAAUCAUCAUCUCUUGGGGCCCGCCAAGGAGGUUCUCAAGAACCCGUACGACUGGUGCUUGUCGGUCGUACAUGGCUACGUCGACCAGAGUGCACUGUCAGUAUAUUGGGGCAGGGUGGUCUACGUGACAAUCAUCGCCCGCCGGUCGAGAUUCUUCGCCGGUGCCAGAUUCCUGAAACGGGGUGCCAAUGACCUUGGAUAUGUGGCAAACGACGUCGAAACCGAACAGAUUGUUUCAGAAAUGCUGACCACUUCAUUCCACGCCCCAGGCCCGGAGCUGUUCGCGAACAGCAAAUAUACCUCCUACGUGCAGCAUCGUGGCAGUAUCCCAUUACAUUGGACUCAGGACAGUACCGGUGUCUCGCCGAAACCUGAUAUCCAUCUUAACGUGGUGGACCCCUUCUUCAGUGCCGCUGCUCUUCACUUUGACAAUCUCUUCAAGCGGUACGGAACGCCCAUCUACGUGCUCAACCUGAUCAAGGCGCGCGAGCGCACCCCAAGAGAGUCCAAGCUUCUGAAAGAGUAUACUCUGGCCGUCAAUUACCUCAACCAGUUCCUACCCAAGGACAAGCAGAUUCUGUAUCACGCCUGGGAUAUGAGUCGAGCAUCGAAAAGUAGAGAUCAAGAUGUCAUUGGCAGUCUCGAGGCAAUCGCCGAAGAUAUCCUCCCCAAGACGGGCUUUUUCCAGAACGGCAGCGACGAGGAAUCGGGCCUCCGGCUCCAAACCGGUGUCGCGAGAACCAACUGCAUCGACUGUCUCGACCGGACCAAUGCGGCACAAUUUGUCAUCGCAAAGAAGGCCUUCGGUUAUCAACUCCAAGCGUUAGGGGUGAUUGAGCACCCAUCGGUCGAGUACGACUCGGAUGCCGUGAACUUGUUCACUCACAUGUGGCACGACCACGGCGACACCAUAGCCGUACAGUACGGUGGCUCGCAUCUGGUCAACACCAUGGCCACGUACCGCAAGAUCAACCAGUGGACGAGCCAUUCGCGCGACAUGGUCGAGAGCUUCAAGCGCUACUACAACAACUCGUUCAUGGACGCGCAACGGCAGGAAGCGUACAACCUCUUCCUGGGGAACUAUGUCUUUUCCCAGGGUCAGCCCAUGCUUUGGGAUCUCACCACGGACUAUUACUUGCACCACUCCGACCCGCGCUCCAUGUUUGGCAAACGGAGACCGAGCUACCGCCAUUGGUACACGGACGAGUACCUCCAAACGCCGCAGAUGCCACCGUCGCUUUGGCCGCGCGAGCUGCGCGACCGACCGUUGGCGUGCUUCGACGACUACUGGGUCGAAUACUACCGACCUAUAUCCAUUUCGUCAUUCCGUAAACUGUUCUCCUUCAAAAUGCGCUCGAACCUGCAAUACAUCCCGAUCAGCUCCACCUCGGCCGGAAAAUAUGACCUCAGCCCGUUUAGGGUGCGGACGACGAACGAAAGCAGCGACGGAGAAGGACACGACAAAGGGCAGGGGACCCGGAAGGGCGUCAAGAUAGUUGCGCCGUCGGACGAAACUGCAUCCACCGUCGGAGGAGAGACGAUGGUGUCCUCCACCGCCGACGGACGUCUGGAUUCGGCCGCCACCCCUUCAGCAAUUGAGCCGACUCCGAAACCUAGCACCUUGGGGCCUUGGCUCGACGCGCAGCAUCAACUUCACAACGCCCUGAGAGGCCGCAGAUACACGGGGAUAAUCAAGGAGCCAUCCUUUGAGGUACAGUCAACUUCUGUGCCCAAGAUACCGAGACUGCCGACCACCACCAGUAGCGACCUGACCAAUAGCUCCCUUCUGCUGGGCCCGCCCACAAAGGCCGAACUUGCCCUUCAAGCCUUCACGUCCCUCAUUGAAAACUCGCUCAGCCCGCAGGUCCGCCAGUUGGACGAGUAUCAGCACUACGUCGCACACCCAUCGACCAUCCCAUUGGUGGUGUCCAGCGACACAGACUACUCGUCGGCGCCGCUCGAAUACCUCGAGUACCUGUCAAAGACUACCUCGGACCCGGCCGAUCACAAGGUGCUCAGGCAUUUCGACGACGAGAGCGGGGCCGUGACUUUGACGAUGGAAGAGAGAGCGGAAGCCAGCAUUGCUGAGUAUUUCGAGUAUGUGGCCAGUGGGCAGGUCGAGGAUCCGCUGACCGUGAUGGAGGAGGACGGUGGGAAGAAGCGGUACAAGGCGUAUAAGAAGUGGUUGAGGGGCAAGAGUCUGUUCAAACAGAGGCCAGUCGUCGGCGAUGAGGUGGCGGGAAAUGCUGAUGGGCCGGUCGUCGGGUAG